UGGCCAAAGAAAAACACAGCCUGUCUCAGUCCACUAUCUAACAGGAUGUUCAAGGAAGUUCCCCCGAGAUUUCAAGAGAGUUACUUCUGAGCCAAGAGAGUCGUACAUUGAUACAGCCACACAGGACCAAGCAAGCAGAGAGAUGUUUGCUGUCUGUAGAGGUCCCAUUCAAAGCAGGUUCUUAACUCAGAUGAAGGCAGUUCUGCAGGACCACAGGUCCAAUAUCUACAGCAAGCCACCCAAGGAUAAGAUUGGACCAGGGCAAUCUCUCUUCACAUUGUCAGUGUUUGCAGUGGCUCUCCUAACUCCUGCAGGAUGGAUCAUGCAUCACAUCCCAGCGUACCGCAAACGGCCCCCACAAACACCCUGAGAUGGAACCCCACAAAGAUAUUAUUACGAUAUUUGUAAUGAUCCAUGAUGUAUCAGGUUAUUUGGAAAUGUCAAAAAUGUGACUUUUUGAUUAAGUAAAUCUUGAUAUAUUUAACAUGGUUUUCUUAAGAAUAAAGAUGUGUUUGGUUUGAUGGCACAUGGUGUUGUCAGUUGAGCCCAACUUCUAUUUACAUCGACAAACCUCUGCAGUAAGAAUCACCCAAAUGACAUAAUUAAACAUGUUGUAUAA